AUGAAUAACCUUUUUGUCCUACUCGGCAACGACGAGGAGGGCCCCGAACUCUUGGCCACCAAGGAAGUGGUCAAGAAGUCCACCUCCUCGAAGAAGGCAGACGUUCCUCCUCCAUCUGCUGAUAAGUCCCGUGCCAAAAAGAAGGCCCCAUUGAAGGGUAACGAAGGCGCUAUCAAGGUCAAGAACGAGAACGACAAAGUUAGUGCGCCUGCCUCUACCGAACGCCGCACCCAGAAGUCCAAGCUCACUCGCCAACAGACCGGCAAAACCGACUCCGCCAGAAAGGAGAAGGCUGGAUGGGGUGAUGACGCUGAUGAACUUGACGACGAGCUUGCCGGCGAAAAGAUCGCUGAGGAAGAUGCUGAGGAGGCCGAGGAAGAGGCCGUUCCAGCCAAGUCUCUUGAGGAGUACCUUGCUGAAGUGAAGCUCGCGCAGGAAUCGCUUGGAGGUACCACCAGAGCUGUUCGCCAAGUCGAGACUGAUGCUGAAAAGACCGAGAUCAAGGCACAAGAGGAGUUUGCUCCAGCCACCGCUUCCAAGAAGCAAAGAGAGAAGGCCAGAAAGGUCAAGAACAUUGUUGAAUUUGAUGCUGUUUUUGCCGAUGAGGUUCCACCUCCAAGAUCGGGAGCCACCAGAGGAAGAGGCGGUGCCAGAGGCUCGUCCAGAGGUGGUGCUCCUAGAGCUGAGUCCACUAGACCUCCAAGAGAGUCUAGACCUCCAAGAGGUGACUCCACCAAGGGUGCCAGAGGCGGUGCCAGAGGAAGAGGUGCUGCCAGAGCCCCAAGAGGUGAGUCCAGAGAGACUAGAGCUCCUGCCCAAAAGCUCAACGAGGCUGCCUUUCCAGCUUUGUAG